AUGGAUCGCACACAAAUUCUUCUUGUUGGUUUACCUAUCUUCCUUUUCUUCACUGACAUCAUCAACCUUUUCUCUCCUUCACCGCCUCCCAAAUCAUCUCAUCACAACCCAAUCCCUCAACCCCAACCUCAACAACCGCAUCUUCAACAACAACCACUUGAUUUUCCCACUAAGAAACAGAGUGGAUUUGACCCAAUUGUUGCUGGCCCAGUUGGUAUUGGUAACACUGUGAGCAUUGAUUUCUGCAUUUCUUGUUCUUACAAGGGAACUGCAGUAACAGUAAAAAACAUGCUGGAAUCUUUAUUUCCUGGGAUUAAUGUUGUUUUGGCUAACUAUCCACCUCCACUUCCGAAGCGUGUUAUUAGCAAAGUAAUUCCAGUGAUACAAACUGGAAUUAUUAUAGCUAUAACGGCAGGUGACCAGAUAUUCCCGAGAUUGGGGGUGACACCACCACAAUUAUACUACUCCUUGCGUGCCAAUAAGUUUAGAAGUAUUGCCAGCACCUGGCUUCUUGCAAAUUUCGUUCAAUCCUUCUUACAGAGUUCUGGUGCUUUCGAAGUAUAUUUCAAUGGCGAAUUGGUUUUCUCCAAGUUGAAGGAGAACAGAUUCCCCGGCGAGUUUGAGUUGAAGGAACUUAUUGGUAAUAGAAUCGUUGGAGUGAGACUGCUUGAGUUGAAGUGA